CGCUGGCUGGCUUCUGCCUGAUGGCGCUGCUGCCGCUCUGGUUCCUGACGCGGACGUACUGGUACAGCCAGCUGCUGGGGCCCAGCCUGCUGAAGCCGUUGCCCGACAACGUGGUGGUCGUCGGUCUUGUGGUGCACGUCCUGCUGUGGAUGCUGGCCGCCGUCAACCUCCGCCACUACUGGCGUCUCGUCUGCUACUGCUGGCGCUACCUGUCUGGUGAGGUUGCGGAGCUGGGAGAGCCGUUUGGGCAGCAGGAUCCGGCUCCACCAGGCGCGUCCGAGUCGACCGGGGACGACGGGGACAGCAAUGACCCGCCUCAAGAGAAAGAUAAGGAGGCGUAGAGCGGCGAGGGCGGCGGCGGCGGCCGUCGCGGCGGAUGGGCC